AUGUCUAUAUGCAAGAUGCAUCGACGUGAGGAUCAAACAGCGAUCGCGUCAGGCAUGGCACGCAUGAGCAGGACACACAAGCCGGUAGACCGGUGCUUCAACGAGACCAAGACCUGCAGGACUACUGACCCCUCGUGCUCGUGCGGCCACGCUGAGAUGGUCAGAGAGCACCUCCUGCUGCACUGCGCUGUGCUGGGAACGAAGCCGCACCUCGUCCAGCGCGGUUUCCCUCCCACCGAACGUGGCGAUUUGCUAUCUCUGCUCGUUGCAGGGGUUGGAAAGGCGAGCCUGAAGAAAAGGAAAGCUAGCGUCACGUCUUUACCAAGAUGCUCUGCACGGUCAAGUUGGUCGUGCACGAGGCGAGAGGUGCCUCCGAGGACCGUGGUCGUGAGUGUCCCGUGCAACGGCGACAAAUACAAGGGAAUACCCUGCGUCGAGUCGAGUCUUGCCGGCAGCGUGCUGCUCAUCAGCGGGUACAGUAUUCGUUCGCGGCCCACGUCAUCGACAUUGGGCUCUCUGCGUGUCCUGUCGGGGACCGGGGACCCGUUCGUACACGUCGACCACGCCUCGCUUACGAACGCAAACGCUUGUGCUAUCUCUGGCCAUGCAAGAUACGGUCGCGCAUCCACUGAGAAAGAACGUGGUUCGAAAGCGCAGACGCUCGGAGCGGCGACUGUGGAUGCCUCAGCGUCUGAAAGAGCGACGAUCGAUUGCGGAUCCGUGAGUGGAGAUCGUCACUGGUCAAUCCAAGGUCCCAAACACGAAAGGCUGUCCGGCUUACAAUCACGAAUGUCGCUUCCGCCUCGGCUUAAGCCUCAGCUUAGCGCAUCCAAUGUUGGUGCAAUACGCCCCACCUAUUCGUGUUUCAUCCAGACGAACAUCGAUUCUGACACACCCAUCUGCAAGCGUGGACGAACAAGCAUCUCGACUGGCCCGUUAAGCGAAUGCGAGACGCGGUGCAGCUCAACAACGAUGGUGUGGGCAGCGAGAUACGCUGCGACCAUGUCAAGGCUCAACCGUGGCGUGUCAAAUGAAACAACAGUCGAUGAUCCACGGGAUCAAGCCGGUCUCAACACCAGCCGACACGGAAACGCAUCCCAGCAGCAAUCGGGAACGGGCGAUCUCUAA